AUGUUCCCAUCGUGCUGCUCCAAGACUUUGGAUAGCAGCGGGAAGAGGAGCUCCAUGGCCAAGCUUCUCCUGGGGGUGUUUAUAGUGUACAUGGCCCACACUGCUUGGCUGCUCUACCGAUUCCUCAAUACCAAACCCUGCGAUGAGGAACAAGGGAUGGGUUGCAUCGCUUCAUACCUAUCGGCCAGACCCAGACUGCAGCUGAGCGUGUUCACCUGCCUCGUUCCAGACAACAGUCAGCUCCACCUGGCACUAAGAAUGGAUCCAUUUGACCCUCACUCUACAUUUGAAAGGCAGGUGAACAUUCCACUGCCAGAAGAGACUCGAGCCAAUGGCAGUUUGUAUGCAAUGGUUUACGUUCACAAGGCUGGCCUUUCCCCUUUGGAGGAUAGCAGAGAAGUGCACCACGCAGCUCUGCUUACCACCCACAUCACCCCUGCAAAUGCAGAAGGCCACAGAGACACACAGAAGCAUCCAGUAUCCCACUGGAGACCCCACCUGUCAGUCACGAUGAUGUCAGAGGACUUCAGCUUCACCAAAGGAGGACUGCCCAGUGACAUGCAUCGCUACGUUAGAAUCUCACAGGAAGGAAGACGGAUCCUCUACCUUCCUCUAUUGCUGAUUGACGAGCUCAGCUUCAGAGUUAAAGAUCUCAUGGAGAUCAACAGAAGCACUAUCCAGCUUCCCCUCACUGUGUCGUAUGAGGGCAUUUCUCUGAGAAGAUUUCGAUUCUGGGUCCAUCUCCAGGAUGUGGUUUACUCCCUGCGGCAAUUUGGUUUUUCAGAAGAAUACAUUGAUGAGAUUAAAGGGACCCUGCUGGGCUCUAAUCUGUACCUCCUAGUUCUAACUGCCCUCAUCACAGCUUUGCAACUCAUCUGUGAAUUUCUGGCUCUCAAAAAUGACAUCAGCUCUUGGAGGAAAAAGAAGAGCAUGGCCGGGAUUUCCAGGAAAUCUAUUUUAUGGCGAAGUUUUGGCACUCUGCUGAUUUUCCUGCACCUGCUGGAGGAGACCAGUCUGCUGGUGCUACUUCCUGUUGGGCUGGCAGCUUGUGUGGAGGUGUGGAAGGUGUUUAAAGUAUUUCGUAUAAACAUGCACUGGGGACGACUCUGGGUAAACAAGCUGGAUGAAGAAGAGCGCCGCACAGUGGAGUUUGACAAACAGGCGUCCAGAUACUUGUCCUACUUGAUCUAUCCCCUGUGCAUCAGUGGAGCUAUUUUCUCACUGGCCUACUUGCGGCAGAAAAGUUACUUCUCUUGGAUGGUCAACAGCCUGGUAACAGGAGUUUACGCAUUUGGUUUCCUGUCUAUGGUUCCUCAGUUAUUUAUCAACCACAAGUUGAGGUCUGUGAGCCACCUACAGGGGGCAGUGUUAAUGUAUAGAGGAGUGAACACCCUCGUGACAGACCUGUGCUCUUGCGUCGCUAUCCUCUCCUCCUCUGAGGCCUUUUUGUCUUCUCUCCAACUCUCCUGUUUCAGAGAUGAGCUCUUUUUCCUCAUCUACCUCUACCAGAGAAGGCGUUUCGCUACAAAAGCCAAAAAAUCAGAGUGUGGAUCUCACAGCAAGAAAGUCAAGACUCAGUGA